AUGCCGCCAACCAAAGAAAGUGUGGAUGGCAAACUGCCGCAGACAUUCACUGGAUUCUCGAAGCUGCCUUUCGAGAUACGAGUGAUGAUAUGGUCUCUCGCUAUACCCCAUGUCCCCGAGGGCCGCACGAUAGAGGUGGCUGUUUACUACGAUCACCAAUCAACCAAACACUCAUGUCACAUGAAGACUGGAAAGUUAUGCGAUAACCACAGCUCAUGUCCUGAAUACAUCGACGGCCAAUCGUUUCAUGAGGUUGACACCGUCGCGGAUGGCUAUUUCGCCCUCGACCCUGAUUUCCCGCUCCUCGUCCUGGGCGGCCGGGCUGUCGAGGAUCAACUACAGACCCUGAGUCUUGUUUGUCGCGAGUCUUGUGAUACCGUAUACAAACGAUACCCGCAAAAGAUGCGCGUCCAUCGCGAGAAGUGGUACGCGGGCGUCGACACACGCACCGUGCGCUAUGAUCCAGACUCAGAUGUCCUCAUCAUUCAGAACAUCAACUACGCAAGAUCUUACUGUGUCGAUCAAAGAAUAUCAGGAAUGCCCGUCGAUGAAGUGGCAAGCCCUGAACCGGGGACAGCGUUUCCUCAGCAUGCUGCACCACUUGCAACUUUUCGACAGACCCUCUCAACCUUUCAGAAUGUUGCCUUCCGAUAUGCCAAUCUAGAUGCGUUGUCGGAUAGACCUGAUGGAGAACUUGACCAGGAAGACCCUGAAGUGAAACCAAUUCCAAACAUUGACAUCAUACGCCUCAUGACAUUCAUGGCGUCAAUGAAGACUUGCUAUCUAUGGCUAGACUCUAUGUGUUGGCCCGAAGUGCAGAUGACUGGCCUUUCUAGAGUUGAAGACUUGGCCAUUUUUGGUCAAAUGCUCUUCUAUGAGCAGCUCAUAAUUUCUGAAGCAGCCGACGAAAUAUUGGAGCAGUAUAAACACCGCGUUGAAGUCGCAAGAGAUCACAGGGGCCGAAGUGCCGAGCUCUGGUAUCCGGACCCCCAAGACCUGGAUCAUAUGGGAUGCUACCUGCCUAAUUCCUGGCUAGAAUUUACAGAUUGA